UUACUUAUUUGCUGAAUUUUUGCGUGUCAUGCUGAUUGGUGUGAGUAGUUGUGCAUUUGAUGACCUGAGAGAAAUAAGACCUGGCAACCUAUGAUUUAUCUCUUGUAUUACACGAUCAAACUAUGCGGGGAUCAUCGUCGACUCGCUGUGCACGAGAUCGAGUGUUCUCGCUGGGUUGAGCAUGCAUGUAAAUCUUGCUUUUGUCGGUGUAAUGGAGGUAGCCCAGCGUAUGCCAGGGGCCGAAUAUUGGAUUGGGGGAGGCUUUGAUUCUCGCCCCGUGAUUCCGGUUUAGGAUAGGGUCAGUAACCAUUGGUUACUGACCUAUGAGUAACUAAAUCUCGACCUUUAGAUCUAAGUGGGCCCCGAAAAUCUAGAUCUAAGGGCUGUCAAUUAAAGGUAUUUUAUUUUCCCUACUUUUCUUAAUCGGCCCUUAUCUUUUUCGUUCUAACUCAGAUUUCAAUUUUUUUGCAUAGAUGGAACGAGUUCAUUGUGCUCUACAAAAUGAGAUCAAUUUUCAUAAUAUUUCGAGAAUUUUUUUUACCAACUAUAUAUCAUAUGGUAACUUCUUCGUUUUUAAGUUGUUUUUGAAAACGUUUGCUCAGAAGGAACGAGUUCAUCAUGAUCUAUUGGAUCUACAAAUUUCUGGGUGAAAAAAAUAUUGGACAAAAAAUUAUCAUACUUUACCACUAUGGUAUGUGAAUGGUAACUUGUGUUAACUUGUAGUAAACAAUGAUGAAAGUCGUAAAUGACAGUUAGUAUACUCCUACUAUCAUGUAUUCAACUUUUUUACCAUAUUGAUAUGUCCAUACCAUCAUGGUACGCUUUCUUACCAUAUGGUAUUAAAUAGGAGAAUACCAUAUGCUAAUGACUGGUAAAAAAUUAUUCAAUUUUUUUGUACUAAAAAUAUAUCAAAGUGGAUAUCAUUUUAAAGAACAUCUUUAAUCUAAUUUAUCUGUGCAAAAAAAUUUAAAUUUCGACUUAAAACGAGAGAGAAAUUGUCUGUUAAAGAUUAAAUGAAAAAAGAUAAAUGACCUUCUAGGAGAGUGGGGAUACUGAUUCAUGCUGAUAUAAACGGGUUAAACCAUGAGGUUACUGACCUGAUCCGUUCCCCGUGAUUCCGAGCGGGGAUACUGAUUCAUGCCGAUAUAAACGAGUUAAAUCAUGAGAAGGUUACUGACCUGAUCCGUUCCCAUGGUCGGACCACGACCCUCAAAUUCACCGCUAAUAGAUCAUCGAUUCAAAUUGGUAGAAGGAGGAAAAGAAGGUGGGAUUGAACGGCGAAAUGUUUAUUGGUGGGAUUGGAUUUCAAAACUUUAUCAAGAGGUUUUGGAUCCUCAAUAGUCAAUAAUGGUGGAAAAGGAAGGAAGAGAAGAAGCUCCACGCGCGAGAAGAAAACGACAAUUUCUGGGUCAAUUUUUUGGCCAAUUUUUUUUUUAAUUUAGUUGUAAAUUUUAUAUAUUUUUAAUAAUGAUAUCAUAUGUGGUAUGUAAGUAGAAGACGCCUAAUUGCCACUUCAUCUAUGGCCAGACAAACGUUGUCUAUUGUUAGGUCAACACAUAAUUCUAAUGGUCAACACAUAUUUUUGUAACACAAAUAAUGCAGACACCUAAUAUAUAAAUAUGAAUGUAUUUAUUGAAGUUACAUAAUAUAAAUGACACACUCAUUAAAGAUUAGUGUCUUAAGUGGUAUUAGCGCUUAAUUAUUCAAAAAUAUGUGUGGUUCUCAUGACCGCCCAUAAGUCAUGCAUCAUUCUUUCUGCGUUCCAAGAUUAUGUUUUCAUAUAUUAAAAACAAAGUAUCAUAUUGUAACCACUCAAUGAUUGGAAGGAUAAUUAAAAAACUACGAGUUGAAAUGUAAUUUAGUUGCCGCCCAAACCAAACAUUAAUUUCCCCGUCAAUUCACACUUCAAUCUUUCACUUCUUUCUCCUUUCUUAACAAUAUUAUGUUAGUGUUUAUUGCUUAUUAGAUGUUAAUGAGUUGUACUUAUGUUAUACUACAAAAUGAAGUACUUAUGUAGCAAUUCAUUGAAAAUGCUGUUAUUCGGAUGAACUGGAAUUCCGGCACAAAAUGAAGUACUUAUGUGCAAGAUAACGACUGAGUCUGUGAGAUAUGUUUUAGGGUAUCUUGCCGGGAUUUGUAAUUGUAACGAGAGAAGAGGCGUUGUUUGGUGUUUGUAGGUAGGCUGAUCAAAAACCUAAAACUCCUAAGAUAUAAUAUUGCAAUCAACGAAAUUUAUCCAUCUCAUCUCACAACAAUAAAAAGCUAACUCAGAACACAUACAAUUAGCUAGCUACCCGAGAGAGAGAGAGAGAGAGAGAGAGAGAGAGAGAGAGAGAGAGAGAUGGCCAUGCAGGUUGGUCGCUUGGAUGCUCGAAUGACCACAGGGCUGAUUUCGUCGCUAAUUCUAACAAUGGUCAUCACUGCUGAAGCUGCUCUCGAUCCAGUGUGCGCUGCCUCCAACGAAUGGUUUUGUAGUCCGACCGACUUCGAUAGCUUAGACGCGCGGAAUGCAGUAUUAACAGCUUGUUUUGCUUUUGGAAUUUUGGCUUGUAUUGAUUUUCACUUCUUCAAUCAGCUUAUAUGCUGUUGAGUUUGGGUUUACAGAUCAAGGAAAGAAGACAAGCUUGGGACAGAAGAAAGUACAUUCCGAAACAGGAAAAUGAACAAGUACAUUCCGAAACAGGAAAAUGAACAAGUUAACUAGUUUGGGACUCGUUUGGUAAUUUGCCAGAGACUACUUCACUCCAGGUCCGAUGCGUCGUCGUCUUGACUGCUGCUUGAGUUUGCUUUAGUGGAUACAGCCCCGUCUGGGUUACAACGGUCGAUGGAUUUGAAUGUUGGAGCUCUGCCUCCUGCUCUGCUGAUUCUGGUUCCAUUUCAGGCGAAGAAAAACGAAGGUUUUCCUAGAUACCCCCCGCAAGCUGGCGGGCAGAGAUUCAGCACACCAAGCUUGGAGAGAAGGUGAUUAAAGGUCGCCGGAGGAAGAGGUUUGGUGAAGAGAUAUGCCAGCUGAUGCACGGUGGAGAUGUGAAGUACCUUGAUGAUGUUGGAGAUGAUCUUGUCGCGCACAAAAUGGCAGUCAAGCUCAAUGUGUUUCGUCCUUUCAUGGAAGGUUGGAUUUUCGGCGAUGUAGAUUGCAGACUGGUUGUCGCAAUAAAGAAUUGCUGGUUGGGGAUGGCCAAUUUUCAGAUCUUGGAGAAGAUAGAGGAUCCAUUGGAUUUCGCAGCUUGUGUGAGCGAGUGCCCAAUAUUCAGCUUCACAGGAAGAGCGGGAGAUGGUGGUUUGCUUUUUUCUCUUCCAUGAGAUAAGCGAGUCACCCAGCUAGACACGGUACCCUGUUGUUGAUCUCCGAGUGUCAAUGCAAGCAGCCCAGUUAGAGUCACUGAAAGCCUUGAGCUGAAGUGAAGAAGUAGCUGAGAAGAAAAGUCCACUGGAGGGAGCUGAUUUGAGGUAUUUUAGAAUUCUGAGAACUGCUUUGUAGUGGUCUUGGCUUGGAUUAGACAUGAAUUGGCUCACAUGUUGUGUUGCAUAGCUAAUUUCUGGUCUUGUAGUGGUGAGGUAUAUGAGCUUGCCCACGAGUCUUCUGUAUAGAGUGGGAUCUGGAAAGGGAUCAGAAUGUUGAGAUGAUAGGUGAAUCUUGUAAUCCAUUGGUGUAGUGACUGGUUUGCAAUGCAAUAAAUCUGCUUCUUCCAAAAUUUCCAGUGUGUAUUUUCUUUGAGAAAUGUGGAUGCCUUGUUUUGAUCUGGCCACCUCGAUGCCCAGAAAGAAUUUGAGGGGUCCCAAAUCUUUGAUGCCGAAGGCAUUGUGAAGGGACUGUUUGAGACUGGUGAUUUCUUGUAAGUCAGUUCCUCUAAUGACCAAGUCAUCAACAUACACCAGUAUGCAUGUGUAGGAGGAUUUAGUGGCCUUGAAGAAUAACGAAUGAUCCACUUUGCUCGAUUGGUAGCCUUGUGACCUGAGUUUGUCUACUAGUUUAGAGAACCACUGCCUUGAUGCCUGUUUGAGACCAUAGAGUGACUUUUUCAAUAGGCAGACUGGAGAUUUGAAGCCUGCAGGAGGCUUGUAGCCUGGUGGGAGUUUCAUGUAGACUUCCUGGUCAAGGUCCCCAUGUAAAAAGGCAUUGUUCACGUCCAAGUGGUGAACAUGCUAGUUUUGAGCAGCAGCAAUUGCUAAGAACAGUCUAAUGGUUGUCAUUUUGACAACUGGGGCAAAAGUGUCUUGGUAAUCAACUCCUUCUUGUUGGUUGUAGCCUUUGGCUACCAGCCUUGCUUUGAAUCUGUCAAUAGUUCCAUCAGGAUUGAAUUUGAUCCUGAAUACCCAUUUGCAUCCAAUUGCUUUCUUGCAUGCUGGUAGUUCUACAAUUUCCCAUGUCUCAUUAGCAUCAAGAGCAGAAAGUUCUGUAGUGACUGCUGCAUCCCAUUCUGGGAAUUGGAUUGCCUCUUUGUAUGUGUCUGGUUCUUUGUGGGAUGAAAUAGAUAGAACAAAGUGUUUGUGAUUUGAGGAAAGAUUGGAGUAAUUAAGAACAGUUGAGAGUGAGUGCUUGGUACCUUGGAUGUGAUGCUGUGGAAGAUGACUGGUAGAAGGAAGCUGCUGAUUACAAUGGUAGUUUUGUAGGUGAGAGGGUGGUUUAGAGGGUCUAGUUGAUUUUCUAGUUGGCUGGAUUGGUUGUUGUUGUGAUGGUGGUGAUGGUGGGGUUGGAGAAGCGGAUGGUGAGUCAAGGUAUGCAGUAUGAUCAUCCUCAUCACUGUCUGAAGGAAGAUCUGGAGGGUUAGUUGGAGGAGAGUCAUGGGUUAGUGGGGGAUAGUAGGUGGGGGGGAAAUCAUCAAACAGGGUGGGAAGGUAGGGUUGGGAAUUGGCUGGGUUGGGGGAAGUGAUGUUCAUAAAACUGAACAUCCCUA